AUGAGUGGCAACAACUUAAGUGGGAACGAUGAGUUUGAUGAGCAGUUGCGACUGCACAAAUUGUAUGGAGACCCCAAGGAUGGUAACACCCAGAAUGACCCCUCUGGAGAAACCGAUUCUUUGGGACAACUGCCCGCUGACAUGCCCUAUGAGUGGGACCUUGAUAAGAAGGCUUGGUUUCCUAAGAUCACCGAAGAUUUCAUUGCUACAUAUCAGGCUAAUUACGGCUUUUCUAGUGACGGUUCAUCUAGUUCCACCGCAAAUGCCCAGGACACCAACAUGACGACUGGAGAAGAACCGCAAAGAGAAAUCCCGGAAGCCACUGACUCCAAAAAAAGGGGAGAAAAGAGAAAGGCCGAUUCAGGAUGGUUCCAUGUUGAAGAAGACAGAAAUACAAAUGUGUACGUGACAGGUCUGCCUCCAGACAUCACAGUGGAUGAAUUCAUACAGCUUAUGUCCAAAUUUGGCAUUAUUAUGAGAGAUCCUCAGACAGAAGAAUUUAAGGUCAAGCUUUACAAAGAUAAUCAAGGCAAUCUUAAAGGAGAUGGGCUUUGCUGCUAUCUAAAGAAAGAAUCUGUGGAACUUGCACUAAAACUUUUGGAUGAAGAUGAAAUUAGAGGCUACAAAUUGCAUGUCGAGGUGGCAAAGUUCCAGCUGAAGGGCGAGUAUGAUGCCUCAAAAAAGAAGAAGAAGUGUAAAGAUUACAAGAAGAAACUGUCUCUGCAACAGAAGCAGUUGGAUUGGAGGCCUGAGAGGAGAGCUGGACCAUCCCGGAUGCGACAUGAGCAAGUUGUCAUCAUCAAAAAUAUGUUUCACCCCACAGAUUUUGAGGAUGAUCCAUUGGUGCUGAAUGAGAUCAGAGAAGACCUUCGAGCAGAAUGUUCCAAGUUUGGACAGAUUAGGAAGCUCCUUCUGUUUGAUAGGCACCCAGAUGGUGUGGCCUCUGUGUCCUUCCGGGAACCAGAGGAUGCUGAUUAUUGCAUUCAGACUCUUGAUGGAAGGUGGUUUGGUGGCCGUCAAAUCACUGCUCAAGCCUGGGAUGGGACUACAGAUUACCAGGUAGAGGAGACGUCAAGAGAAAGAGAGGAAAGGGUGAGAGGCUGGGAGGCAUUCCUCAAUGCCCCUGAGGCCAACAGAGGCCUCCAGCACACGGAUUCCAUCAGUGCUUCAGAAAAUGCAGGGCCUUCCAGAGGAAGGCAUUUUUCAGAGCAUCUGAGCAUGUCUAACACAGGUGCUCAGGAAGCUAUAACUGGAAUGGCAUUUGGAGAAACUAUCAAUGGAAAUAAGUUUAAAAAGGCAGAAGAUGGAUUCAAAAUUGAAGGAAAAGCUUUUGAAAAGGAUGCUAAAGAAGGUGGGUCUGAUGAAGAUGACCCUGAGAGAGAGUGUGAAGAGGGCUGCACCAAGAGAGAGAGUGAAGAAGCCCUCCCUGAGAGCGAGCUUGAAGAAGGUAAUCCUAAAAAGGAGUCUCAAGAGCAUGGUCCUGAAAGAGAAUCUAAGAAGAAAGGCAAAGAUAAUUAUGAAAAGAAUGGCCUUGCCAAAGUGUCUGAAGACAGUGACCACAGCGGAGAGGCAGAGGCAGACAGCCUCAAGAAAGAGUCAGAAGGUGAUGACUCAGCAUCUGAGGAAGACUGCUUAGAGAAGCAGUCUGAAGAUGGCGUUGACAAAGACUUAGAAGAAAAUGGUGUUAAAAAAGCUUUCGACCAGGAUUCCUCCGACAAGGAGUCGCCUGAACACACUGAGAAUGGAUCAGAAGACAAUGACAGUGACAAAUCAGAAUUUGAAAAAGGCUCUGAGAGAGAGUUUGAUGAAGUCUUGGAUGAAAAGGAGGAGGAAGCAGUUGUAUAUGAAAGGGUUUUUAAGAAUGAGUCUGAUGAGAAUGAUGACGACUUAGAAGCAGAGAAGGAGUGUGGGGAUGCUGAUGACAAAGAGGAAGAAGAUGACAUAGAUGAGAAGCUCUUUGAUGACUCUGAUGAAAAGGAAGAGGAAGAAGAUACUGAUGUAAAGAAAGAUGAAGAUACCAAUGAGAAGUAUUGUUUAAGGUGCAACUGAGGAGUUUAAUGAAUUAAGAUGAAGUUUGGAUGGGUGCACCCCUCGUGAUCCUGACUUCCUUGCUCAUAUUCUCCCUCCUUCUGCUCCUC